UCUUUGAUACAGAGAAGAUGAUUUUUCUGGUGUUACUGCUGUUGGGAUUCACGGCUAAGGGGCAGCAGCUGCCAUGUGGCAGUACGCCUAUUCCUCAGUCACGAGUUAUAGGAGGACAAGAUGCCAAACCUGGGGCUUGGCCAUGGCAGAUAGCUCUGAAACGCAAUGGAGGGUUUAUCUGCGGAGGAUCACUGAUUUCUGAUUCGUGGGUCAUUACAGCUGCCCACUGCGUGGCAAGGAGUUCUGCCAACAACCGCUGGGAACGCUGUGUUCUCGUGCGACUUUGAUCAAAAUUUGUGUGGAUUUGUUCAAUCAAAAAAUGACAAGUUUGACUGGACUGUUAGAUCAGGAAGUACACCUUCUUCUUCUACUGGGCCAAGUGCAGAUGCCUCUGGAAAUGGGGGACAAUGCUAAGCUUGUAAAAGACGGUUUGUCCUUCAAAACGAAGAAAUGUUUGUCGUUCUACUAUCACAUGAACGGAAAUACCAUGGGAACAUUAAACGUGUUUGUGGGGCAAAGGAAAAUAUUUUCUAAGUCAGGAAAUCAAGGAGAUCAGUGGAAAAAAGCAUCAAUCGAUGUGACUGACGCUGGAGCAUCAGAGUUGAUAUUUGAGGGCAUACGUGGAAUUAGUUAUAGAGGAGAUGCAGCCAUCGACAACGUGGUGCUGAUGGAAUGUGGCAGUGGUGGUGGCAGUGGCGGUGGCGGAGGCGGCGGAGGAGGAGGAGGAGGUGGUGGCUGUGGAUCUUCACCCCCUCCAAUAACAGCUGCACCCCCUCCCUCACCUGUUCUAAAAGGUUCUUGCGGUAUCCGUCCACAAAGCAGGAUCGUUGGUGGUGUCGCCGCUAAACAGGGUGACUGGCCAUGGCAGGUUCAGUUACGAACCACAGGUGGCUUUCCCUAUUGUGGAGGUUCCCUUGUCAGUUCCCGAUGGGUCGUUACGGCCACUCACUGUGUCAGGGGUAAAUCACCAAGUUCCAUUAUCGUAAGAGCUGGUGCCCAUAGACGUGUUAAUAAUGUUGGUAAUGAGCAGGACUUGAUAGUGAGCAAAGUUAUCACUCAUCCAUCUUAUCACAAGCCAACAACAUAUGCUCACGACAUCGCUCUACUCAAACUGGAGAAACAAGCUCAGAUUAACAGGUUUGUUAACACGGUAUGUCUUCCCGAUGCCGUCUCUGAACCAGCUGACGGCACCAGAUGCUGGAUCACGGGUUGGGGCCGACUUUCUUCCGGGGGUGCUACACCUGACUAUCUUCAGCAAGUUCAGGUCCCGGUGGUAAGUCGAGCUCGUUGUGAUAAAGCCUACCCGGGGAAGAUCCACGACUCCAUGAUCUGUGCAGGCCUGGACCAGGGAGGAAUAGAUUCCUGUCAGGGGGAUAGUGGGGGACCAAUGGUUUGUGAGACCGGAGGGAGGUUUUAUCUGCACGGUGCCACCAGCUGGGGUUAUGGAUGCGCCAGUCCUGGCAAGUUUGGUGUCUAUGCGAAAGUGAAAUACCUGUUGAAAUGGCUCAGAGGAGAGAUGUCAAAGAACUAACUCAAGGAAAUGUCGAUUGAUAGUACUUAUUGGUGCUCUUCUAGCACAUGAGAAACAGAGGGGUUAAAUUGUGUAGCUAAUGAGGGAAAUAAAGGCAUUUAAAAAAAAAUCA